AUAUUUACUAUAAGGUGGGCUGAGUCAUCCAACUUGAUUUGUCUCACCAACAUUCUAUAUAAAUAGAGUCACUUAUCUUGCAUUGUGUAGUAGAGGAGACCCUAAAUAGACGUUAAGAAAUGCAAAUGGAAUGUCUACUUCAGUGCUCUGCAAACUACGUCCCAUUUACGCCAAUCAACUUCCUAGAGCGAGCUGCUCAUGUCUAUGGAGAUAAAACUUCCAUUGUUUAUGGAACCACUGUAAGGUUUUCAUGGAGAGAAACGUAUGAAAGAUGCCUCAAAAUCGCUUCUGCUUUGCUCAAGUUGCAGAUUUCUCGGGGUGAUAUUGUAGCAGCUUUGGCCCCAAAUAUUCCAGCACUUUACAAGCUCCAUUUUGCAGUUCCAAUGGCUGGGGCAGUUCUUUCUGCUCUUAAUACUAAGUUGGAUGCAGCCAUGGUAGCAUCAAUUCUUGAACAGCUUGAGGCCAAAAUCAUGUUUGUUGAUUAUCAGUUUGUUGAACUUGUCCUCAAAGCACUCAACAUACUCUCUCAAAAAAGUGUUAAGCCACCUCUCCUUGUUAUAAUCCCAGAGUUUGAUCAAGCAGCAGCUUCUUCAACAGCGAAUAAUCUGCCGCCUGGUAGUUUGGUAUAUAAUGAUGUUCUUGAGAUGGGAAAUUCUGAUCAUUUUGAGAUGUUGCAACCAGAAAAUGAAUGUGAUCCAAUUUCAGUGAAUUUUACUUCAGGCUCAACAGGGCAUCCUAAAGGGGUGGUUUACAGCCACAGAGCCGCUUAUCUCAAUUCAUUGGCACAAAUUUCUCGUUGUGACAUGAAGGAAAUGCCUGUGUUUCUUUGGACAGUCGACAUGUUUCGAUGCAAUGGCUGGUGCUGCACUUGGGCACUUGCAGCUCUUGGUGGCACUAAUAUUUGCCUUAGAAAUGUCUCCGCAAAGGUCAUAUUUGAUUCAAUAUUCCUCCACAAGGUCACUCACUUUUGUGGUGCACCAGCCAUUUUGAACAUAAUCGCAAACGCCUCACCAAGUGAGCAAAAGCCACUUCAGAACAAGGUAAAUGUUGUUAUUGCUGGUGCAUUGCCAACGGCGCAAAUCCUUGAGAAAGUUUCAAAAUUAGGAUUCAACAUUGGACAUGCAUAUGGAAUGACAGAAGUCCUUGGAAUAGCUACUGUUAGGCCUUGGAAAAAUGAGUGGGAUUCAACUUUGGAUGAACAUGAAAAGAUUAGACACCGCGAAGGGCUUCACAGCCUUUUCAUUCAAGGGGCUGAUGUGAAAGAUCCAAGUACCAUGAAAAGUGUUCCAUAUGAUGGGAAAACCAUUGGUGAGAUAAUGUUCAAGGCCAAUUCUAUAAUGUUGGGGUACCUCAAAAAUCCGAAAGCAACUCAGGAAGUUUUCAGGGAUGGAUGGUAUCAUACUGGGGAUCUUGGAGUCAGACAUCCUGAUGGUUACAUACAAAUAAAGGACCGAAAAAACGAUAUUAUCAUUUCUGGGGCAGAGACGAUAAGCACACUAGAGGUGGAAGCAGUUUUGUUAAGUAAUCCAAAAGUUUCGGAGGCUGCUGUUGUUGGAAAACCUGAUGAUCAAUUGCAGCAGGUGCCUUGUGCUUUUGUGAAAUUGAAGGACGGUUGUGAUUCAAAUCCUGAAGAGCUUGUUAAAUUUUGUGAGGAUUAUUUACCAAGUUAUAUGGUUCCCAGGGCUGUGGUUUUUGAAGAUAUACCAGUCAAUUCAACAGGAAAGGUGCAAAAGUUUACUCUCAGGGAGAAGCUCAGCCAAUGCCGUUGAUCAUAGCUUGUUUUUUCUGAUUAAACUUUGACAUUUUCUCUUAAAGGUCUUAUUUUAUUAGUUUCUGUAAGAGACAAAUUGGCCAGGUUUUUCCAUUUGUUUACUUGAGAUCCAAUCAUGCAUUUCCUUUCAGUCAUCUUUCUUAAUUUAAAAUUCUAAUGUGACAUGAUGUCAAUGCUUUCAUAAUG